AAAAGCACCGCCUGUAGCCAGGACGCCAUUUGCCACUGCCGAACGUGGGCGCAGGCGGCUCUCGGAAGCACCGGUGACCAACCUCUUCCGAGCACGCUUCUCGGCCUCCCGCAUCGUCUUCAUCCCGCGCGUUUCUCAGUGUCGCCCCCCGGAAUCACCGCCGUUGCCGACGCCACCCGGAGCACGGUCCCGCACGCCGCCAGCCCGUCUUUGCCGCCAUGCCCAAGAAUAAAGGAAAAGGAGGUAAAAACAGACGUAGAGGAAAGAAUGAGAAUGAAUCUGAAAAGCGAGAGCUGGUGUUCAAAGAGGAUGGGCAAGAAUAUGCUCAGGUAAUCAAAAUGUUGGGAAAUGGACGAUUAGAAGCAAUGUGUUUCGAUGGUGUGAAGAGACUAUGCCAUAUCAGAGGGAAAUUGAGAAAAAAGGUUUGGAUAAAUACCUCAGACAUUAUAUUGGUGGGCCUCCGAGAUUACCAGGAUAACAAAGCCGAUGUCAUUUUAAAAUACAACGCAGAUGAAGCUAGAAGUCUCAAGGCAUAUGGCGAGCUUCCAGAGCAUGCUAAAAUCAAUGAAACUGAUACAUUUGGUCCUGGAGAUGAUGAUGAAAUUCAGUUUGAUGACAUUGGGGAUGAUGAUGAAGACAUCGAUGAUAUCUAAAAUGAACUCAACAUUUUACAUUCCAGUCCUUCUGAAGAUUGCCCUGCAAGUUUGGAAUCUGGUCAUAGACUUCAAGGAAAAGUUUUCCCUGAUUGAUUGUAAUUUGUUGAGACAGACUCAAUUCAAUACUAAGGUCGCUUUUUUCAAAGCUGAAAAUAUCUUAAGUGAUAUGUUAAGCCCACUUUGAUCAUUUGAUGUAAUUGAACUCAAAAAAGAUCAUGUAAGAAAAAAUAUACAUUACUGCCUUUCCUACUUUGACCCCUUCCAGUAAGUAAAUGGAUGUUUUGAAUAAACAAUUUGCCUUGUAUGCAUAAAUUAUGAUUAAGCCCUCCCUUUUGCAUAGCUGUUGACUGUACAAAGUACAGUCUUUGUGUAUAUUCCAGUUGCCCAGAAAUUUUGAUACAAAUGGAGGCAGAAAUCUGUUUUAUGUUUUAUUGUGUUAUAUUUUGAGACAGAAUCCAACUUUGUAUCUGAGGCUAGCUUGGGAUUCACUAUAGUCCUAGUGAACCCAUACUCACUAUGAUCCUCCUUUCUCAGCCUCCUGGGUGCUGAGAUUAAAUGUAUUUACCACACCAGGCAGAAAUCUAUUUAAAGGCAAAAGUGAUAGGUUUGCUUUUCAUAUUUAAAAGUAUGUAUGUGGCUAUUUUUAUACUAGUUUUGAUAACAUGUACGUUCUUAGGAUUUAUUUUGCAGUCAUCAACUUACUGGGGGAGGAAAGGCAUUUCCAAAAUGUUUUUAGAAACUGGUUUUUAAUAUUUUAAAUUAAGGUCGGUAGUUGCAGAAAUUGAACACUAGGUGGUGCUCAGUUGUCUUAACAUUGGUAAUAACUUUUAAUUAAUUAAGAUGGUUUCUUUUCUCAACUAGUGUGAUUAGGAAAUUCCCAAACGAGGAAAAGAUUGUUUUACUCAUGUGCAUAGAAUAUUUUUACCAAAAUAUCGUGUGGGAAUGUUCCUUUUUCAGGAGUCUUACUCGCCCAAGCUACAUUUCUGAGGGCUUUAUAAAUACAUAAAAUAGGCAAGUGAAAUUUUCAGCUCAUAAGAAUAUGAAUAUUGUGGAACAAAGUAAAAAUUAAUGUUUUUUUCAGGUUUCCCUAAAUUGAGGGGAAAAUGAGGGAAGCAAACUUAAACCUGAUAUAAUGGCAUGACCUAUAACCCUGCACUUGUGAGGUCUAGGCAGGAAAAUCAGUUCAAAAAUAAACGUAGUGAAAAGAUGUUUUCUUAUUUCUGAAUCAAAGAGCUGUAGCUGAGAAAAUAGCAUGCUGCAGAGGAUAUUAUACUUUGACUUUACAUUAGGGAGAAGUUUAUUAUGUAGACAGUCCAGGGGGUUCCCAUUUUCUUUCUACUGGGAAUUUAGGUUUGCUCUUAUUUAGGAGUUAUUAUUGCAGUUAGAUGGGCUAGUCAGAACUCACUGUACGCACUGAAAGCUUGCAAGUUUAUAAACUAAGAUCCAUCGUGCAGUUUGUGGACCUUGUAUUCUAGUAGCAUCCAGAAAAUUUCAUUAAUGAAAAGUAAUACACAAAGGAAUGCAUAUUACAUGGUUUCAAAAACCAAGAUCUUUUCUGUGAUCCCUUUCUUUUUUGGGUUUUUUUUUUUUUUUUUUUUCGAGACAGGGUUUCUGUGUGGUUUUGGAGCCUGUCCAGGAACUAGCUCUUGUAGACCAGGCUGGUCUCAAACUCACAGAGAUCCGCCUGCCUCUGCCUCCCAAGUGCUGGGAUUAAAGGUGUGCGCCACCACCGCCCGGCUUGUGAUCCCUUUCUUAACUAUGACUUCAUCUCAGGUUUUCUUACUCAGUUUCAAAAUUUAUGGAACAGUAGGAAAGAUGAAGUGAUGUGGUCUGUAUUUCUUAAUCUGAGGAGUUUCUUAGUGCAUAUCUAUCUAGGCAGAGUAUAUCUGAGAACAAGGGCUGAAACUAACCUUGAGAUACUUGCUAAUCAUCGUCUUCAUCAGUAAUUAGACCUCUGGACCUUAAAAGUGUUUCACCAGCUGGAUGUAGCAUACACCUGUGAUCCCAGCACAGGAGAAUUUGUUAAUAUUGGCCAGGGCUACAUAAGACUCUGUCUCAAAACCAACAAUGAAAACCAUUUUUACUAAAUUUGCAGAGUAUAUAGUUAAGCAUUUUAUGGGCAGUGUUUUAAGUCUACAUAGGUGAUACAGCUCAAAUCAAAAGUUGAUUUUCUUCCUGUAACAAACAGGAUUUGAAAUGUUUUUAGAAAUUACAUAUGACCCCGUUUCCUGUACCUUCUGGUGGUUUUAAUCUAUUUUCUUGCCUAAAUAGUAGCAACAUUAACUAAUGAGUGUUCUUGUGUCCCGGAUGAUCUGGAGUCAUACUGGUUUAAAGUAGUUGAAUACAGUUGUCACUAAUAUGCAAAUGCUACCUGGAAGAGUUCUUUGAUGUGUAUUUGGUAUGGAAAUUAAUACGUUUAACUAAUUCAACUUUAUUUCAAAUAAGGAAAAGGAAAUGGUCUUCAAGGAAAUUUUGUUUUUUAUUUUUGCUUUGACUUCUAUAGUACAACUCCAUUAUAAGCAGUGCCCAUAAAGAAAAAUAAAAUGUUUAAAAUCUAA